AUGAAUAUCUGGGUUGCCGCAAGUGAUGGCAGACAAGAGUUAGUAGAGAAAUUCUUAAAUGAAAACCCUAGCCUAUCAGCAAACACUAAGGAUCCAAACGGAUAUACACCUGUCCAUGCUGCCGCAGCAUACGGACACCAUGAUCUACUGCGCAAACUAUGCUCAGAAUACAAUGGUGAUGUCAAUAUUAGAGAUGCAGAUGGUGAUACUCCUUUGCAUCACUGUGAAGAUGUGAACACAGCAAGACUUAUUAUCGAAGAACUAAAUGGCGAUUUUAGCCUUGUGAAUAACGAAGGUAAGACUGCAUUACAAGUAUUUGAAGAAGACGGUGAAUUUCCUGAGCUGAUUGAGUACAUGAGAGUGAAGUCAGGUAUCCCUAUCGAACAAGAUAGUUUCGGUAUUGACAAGGAACAAUUGGGUCAGUUCAAAGACAGCAUCCGUUACACUUUGGAGAAUGAGCCUGAGGAACCUCUGGACGAAGAAUCAUUACAACGUAGAAAGAGAUUGGAAGAGAUCAUCCAGGGCGAUAAUGCUGAACAAGAACUAGAAAACUACAUCAGAGAGCUCGUAAGGUCUCAAAUCUUGACCGGUGGUGACUCUUCCGCAGCCGACGAAUCCAGCACAAAACGUAGAAGAUAA